AUGAACGCACUUGUCCAGUCUGCCCUGACUGAUGUCGAAUCCAAACUCAAUGCUCUUCUGACUAGCCUCACCACGUCUCCCACGGCUGCAGGCGCCCCUGCCGCAGCUGUCGCCCUGCUCGACGCGGACGAUGUGCUAACCUCCGCCAUUGAAACCCUUCGACAGCACCAAGAAAAUUACGCAAAGAUCCUCCGACUGCGAAACGAGGCACAGCAGCUAGAGGAACAGGUCAAGGGCAUCGUGGGGGACAUUGACGGGUUCGACAAAGAGAUUCGCACAGCUUGUGGAGACAACGGCGACAGCGACAGCGAUUUCGAUUCUGACUCCGAUGACGAACUGGGGGGAAAGAAAUCAUUACUACGGGGAAUCAAAGAGAUUGACUACAGGUUACUCUUGGAUUUUGCACGUCGCAUCAGCAAAUACAACCACGAAGCAGCAGCCGAUGCCGCAACAGGCAUCGUGAAACGACAAGAGGGGACCGCCCUCGCCGAUAAAGACGUGACGAUGACGGGGACAAACGGAGACCAGCCAACAGAGGAGGGCGCAGAACCAGUGGCAUCUGUCACCAAAAACGCAACACAGUGGUUGGACGAGUCCGCGAACGUUACGCGCCAGGUCUACAUGCUACCCUACCCGAUGGAGGAACGGAUACGGAUGGGACUGAUGGGUCAAAUCCAGCUUACUGCUGGUGAAGAUUCUGAAAAGGAGGUGGAGCGGUUGUUACGCGAAGCUGAGGGUCUUGGGGCCGCAGAACCGCCAGCACCGGUCGAACUUGCGGAAAGCACAAAGCAGGCGGGCGAGGCUGCGAAGGCUGCAGCUCAUGCCGGAUCAUUGGCCGCUGGAAUGCCGCGGGCGCAUGCGCCAGCACCGAAACCCAAACCCAAGGCGAUGCUGGACCUUGAUCUCUACGACCCCGAUGAAGAUGAUGAUUGA